AUGGCACCCCCCGCCCCCAAGGGGAGGAAGGUAGAUUCGUGCGUGUUCAACGGCGAAAAGUUCGCCGUCGACGACACCAUCACGCUCCGUCCGCCAAACUCUAGCGGGCCGCCGUUCGUGGGGAAGAUAUCCGAGAUAAUCAAGGAGCCGAACGGGGAGGAGCAGUGUCACGUGUCGUGGUAUUACCGCCCCGAGGAGGCGAGGGGCGGGCGUAAGGCCUUCCACGGGGAUAAGGAGCUCUUCACCUCCGAUCACUACGACUGGGUGGCGAAGAGCAGCAUCAAUGGGCACUGCUCGGUGCACAAGCUCAGGGAGUACCAGCAGUUGACGGAGGUGACGGAUAACGACUACUACACCAGGUUCUCGUACAAGGCGAGCAAGGGGGAGUUCAAACCCGACAAGGUGCCGGUGUACUGCGCCUGCGAGAUGCCCUACAACCCCGACCUGUUCAUGGUCGAGUGCGAGUCGUGCGAGGAGUGGUACCACCCGCAGUGCGUCGGUACCACGAAGAAGCAGGUGGAGAAGCUGGCGCACUUCGUGUGCCCGAGCUGCGAUAAGAAGGCUCAGGCGCGGGAGGCGAAGAAGCAACGAGUCAAAUGA